AGUGUGGCAUGUGGAGAAAAUAAACAGACGGCCUGAAAAGGUGUGCUGAUGCUGGCAUAAAUCCAUGCAAGGAUUUAUUUUUUUGCCGAGUACAAAACAGUGUUUAUACAACUUAGUUGUCAGUAAAUGAAAAACUAAAUGUUCCACAUGAUUGGCUUUAAAAAAACGUCAUGGGGUGGAUCGUUUUUAGUCGAUUUAAUUUAUUUUUUUCAUCUGAAUUUCAAGAUUAUAUUUGUUGAUUUUUUUCUGCUGACAAUUAAUUGUGUAAGAUUUGGAAGUGUGUUUUUAUUAGAGAUGUGUUAAUGUAAAUCCGUCGAAUCAAAAUAUAGUGGGUAGACUACAUCCCCCACAACACCUUUCUGCUCAAUAGUAACUCGGUUGCCUAGCGACAGCAGUUUUAGAGUGAGAUGUUGCUAGCUUACUAGCUAGGUGUUUAAGUCUUUUUAGCGUAGCUCUAACCUUUCAGCGGUGACUUUAGGGCCAGAGAAAAUGAAGCGAAGCUUAGAAAGAAGCUUGACUUUCCCCUUAUUGAGUGACAGCAACCCAGCGUCCGCCACCGAGACGCCCAGCGGAGAGCUACAGGGACAAUUCAAGAUGGAGGCUGAUGUUCUAACUGAUGAGAUGGUGUCCAGAGGGUUAUCCAGAUCUGGUUCUUCUCGCUUCUUCAAAAUCUCUUUUCCUAAUCUCAACUUGAAGGAUAUAUCAGUGUUACACAAAUAUGUCUACCUUCAAAAGCUCGAACUACCAAACAACAGAAUCAAAGAUCUAUCCUGCUUAAGCCACACACCCUAUCUUGUCAUCCUGGAUUUGUCUGGCAAUGAAAUCUACAACUUCUUUGAAUUCCAGCCUCUGCAGUACCUACGGGAGGUCAAUUUGUCCCACAAUCGAAUGACAAACAUGAAAGAUUUGUCAGGAUUUGUAUCCCUUUGUAAGCUGAAUCUGGACCACAAUGGCUUCUGUGAGAUUAGCGGUCUUGAACAAUGCUGCAGACUCACCCAUCUCAGUCUGGCACAUAACAAGGUCACAAAGAUGAGUGGCCUGGAUGGUCUGCCUCUCACACACCUCUGCCUCAAAGGGAACCAGAUAAAAAGAGUUGCAGGGUUGGAGAACACAAAACAUCUGCAUGUUCUUGAUUUGUCUGUGAAUCAUAUCACCAGACUUUCAGGACUCAAGAACCUCCAUCUUCUAGGCUCCCUCAACCUGGAGAAAAACCAGAUCAGGGAAAUACAGGAAUUGGAGCACAACAAACUUCCUCUGCUGAGAGACCUCAACCUGCAGGGGAACCCUGUGCAGGGCAUGACUGACUACAGAAUGGCCGUAAUUUUCCUCUUUCAACAUCUGACAAUCCUGGACCAAGUGAAAAUCAGCACAGAAGAAAAGGUGGCCUCUGUAAACAAGUUUCACCCUUCGAUGGACGUUCUGGCAUUCAGGGAUCACAUGACCAACUUAGUUUAUCAGCUGACACAGCCACAGGUCCUAUAUGACAGUACACAGCCUCUCUAUCCUGUGCUGGUGCUGACGGGCCCUGACGACUGUGGUCAAAGACAACUGCUUCACAGAUUGUGUCAAGAGUUUAGUGAAUACUUCGGUUUUGGCAUCUGCCACACAACUCGGAAACCAUAUUUUGGAGAGAAAAAUGGAUUUGAUUACCAUUUUGUUAGUGAAGAAGACUUUCAGAACAUGAUUCACAUGGGUAAGUUUGUCCACACCAUGAAGUACGGGGAUCACCAAUUUGGCCUCAGCAGAGACGCUAUAGAGUAUGUGGCCAGAGAAGGGCUGGCCUGCUGCGUGUCCCUAGAGCUGGAGAGUCUGUUGAGAUUUAGGAAGAGCUACUUUGAGCCUCGAUGUAUCCUGCUCUUACCAACUCAGAUGGAGACGUACAGGAACACGUUGAGCAGCCGGGAACGCUACACCCCCGAACAGAUCGAAGCUGCUGUGUCUCGUUUGGAGCUCUACGCCAACAUCCACACACAACGCCCAGGAUUCUUCGACUGCGUGAUCCCAUGUGAUGACUGGGAGCAAGCCUACCAGACGCUGGAGCAGGUAGUGAAGGACCUCUUCUCUCUUGAAGAGGAAAGGGAGGAAGAAAAGAGCAGUAGCAAAACGUCUCCUAAUAGCUCCCUCACAGGUCACAGUCCAGCUGAAAGAGCUACCUCAGCACUGUCUGAAUCAGGAUUUGGGCUACCUUCUUCACUCUCUGCAUCAGCUUCUGACCCCUCAGGUUUCACCUGCAGAUCCUUUAAGAUCCAGACAGAGCUGAAUCCUGAGAGGACCCUUGCUGAGCUAGCUUCCAUCAGGAGGCGAGAGCAGCCAGUGAGAGAAGCUUUUGUUGGGAAGCGUCCAGGGGUUCUCAGUCAGCUCUUUAAAAGAAAACCAUCAUCACAAUAUCAUCAAGAUCCUGGUGCACAUUUUGUUCAAAAAGACAACAGCAGCUCAGACGAGUCUUGUGCCAGCUCAUCUUUGACUGUGCCCAGUUCAGCCAGUGUUUUAGGUAAACCUCUAGAUGAGUCCGUCCUCAUUCACAGCUUGGACUCAUUCAAAGAAUAUGUAAUAUCAGGUCAGACGUCUGACAGGCCACAACCAGGGAUCGAUGCAUGCACUGCUGUUGGAUCUCCUGCUAACAGUCGCCCAGGAUCCAGAGACUAUUAUGAGCAACCACCAACUGUUAUUGGGGCAAAUAUCUCUGCAGUGUCCAGGCCAAAUCCAUCACCCACACCCAGCCUUGACCUGGGAUUGAAAGUGAAAGGAAAUGAAAACAUGGAGGAAUAAUUUAAAGAAGGUUCUUGCCCCUAAGACAAGUUUGCAAAUAUUCUAACAUGCUAUUUUUUGUAACAGUAAAAAUGUCAGUAAAUAAGCAACAAAAAACAUGUUUUUUUUUUUUCUGUAGUUGCUAAGUUAGCCAUUAACCACCAAACCUAGUUUGUCUCAUUUUCACCGCAACAGAAACAAGCUGUAAAUUGGAUACAUCCAAGUCAAACACUGGAGGUUAGAUUUGACUGUCAGAACUUGCCCCUUACUGUGAUCUAUUAUCCAUGCUGUAACAUGUCUAGAUAUUUUUGCUGUAAUGAAUGAUUACCAUAAAAUAAAGUAGCUACAUCCUAA